UCUCUGCACAUCUCUCCUCCCUGUGUGUGUCUGUGUGUGUGUUCGGACUCAUCUCAGGCAUUUACCAUGAAGCACUGUGUGCUGCUGCUGCUGGCGUUGGGCCUGGCCCACGUCCUGGGCGCUCCGGUGGAGCAGGUCGGCCCGGUGGAGGGGUCGUGUGAAGACGCCUUCGUGAAGAGCUCCGCUACAGAGGCUCUGAAAAAGAUCAACCAGGACCGGAAGGAGGGCUACGUGUUCGCCCUGCACCACCUGUCCAACGCACACCUGGAGAAACAUGGAGAAAAUGGCGUCGUCUUCUACCUGACUAUGGACGUGGUGGAGACCAACUGCAGCGUUCUGGGCACACACCACUGGCAGACCUGUGCACCUCGCUCCGUGGACGACACACCGGUGUAUGGACAGUGUAAAGCUGCCAUCUUCAUCAGCAGGGUGAACAGAGUGCUGCGUCUCUACAAGUACGACUGUACUCUCAGACCAGUCCCUGCAGCCAGGGUUGCUGAAAUCUGUCCCGACUGCCCGAGUCUGAUGGACAAGGAGGACGCUCAGGUCCAGAAGGUUGUGUCCGCCGCUCUGAAGAAGUUCAACGAUGAGAGCGACAUGACCAAGCAAUUCGCUCUGCUCCAGGUCACCCGCGCUACUCUUUCGAUGGGCAUGGCCACAUUCUACAAUGUGGAGUUCACCAUCCAGGAGACGACCUGCAGGAGGGACGUGCCCCUGGCUGAUAAGUGUCCCCUCAUGGACUGCGAGUUCGCUCACAAGGGCUUCUGUAAGGGAGGACAGGUCACCCCCCCCACUGGGGACACUGAGACCACUGUGGAGUGUGACAUCUACGAGCCGGAGGCUGCCGACAGAGAGAAGAAGCUCCACCUCCUCGGCGGAGAGACUGACCACAGCCACGGCGACAAACAUGCACAUGACGCCGCCCAUGACCACGCCCACGGCUCCGACCACGAACACUCACACGACCACGAGCAUGACCACACCAAGACCCACACUCAGCAACACCAAGACCACAACCACACCCACGCCCAUGACGCCGAGCACCACCACACCCACGACCACGACGCAGGCAGCGCCCACAGGCACGCCCACGACCACUCCCACGACCACGGCCACGGCCACGAUCACGUGCACACCCAUCACGCCAAAGCGCACAACCACACCGAUGACUCACCACACCAACACCACGGCUACGAGCACGCCGGCGCCGAGCACACCCACGAACACGACCACGAGCUCGCUCUGGACCACGAUCACAAGCACGCUCACCUGCACGUGCACGAGCACCACCACCAUCACCACGAGCACGAGCACGAGAAGGCACACCACGACCACCCAGAGGGCAAGGUGAAGAUAUUGCCCGCCGUCGACCAGCCCAUGAUUCUGCCUUUCUUCCCAGAAGCCCCUGAGGCCGGGGUCACUCUGCCCGCCAAGCCCGACCCCCAGAUCCCCGGAGCGAUGGAGCCCACCAUCCACGCGUUCCCCACCUCCUUCUCCGCCCUGUGCCCCGCCCUGACGGGGGAGCUCUCCCUGGUCGACAAGCUCUUCAAGGAGGACCCCCGGUUCAAGCGACCCUCAUAAGGAGGAGCUCCACUGGAACCUGGAUGGAUCUGGAAGAACUCGAACGCUCAGACUGUAGUGAAGCACCGACAGGAAACACUGGAGUCGCAUCUCGGCCGUUUCCUGUCGGUUCCAAAUUGUUUUGAUGUUAGCGCAAAACAUCUACGUGCUGCUGUGUCUGUUCACUUCCACCAUCUUAUAAAACAAAGGAAAACUUUGUAUGAACAACGUCAACCGGUUUUAUUUUCACAUUUUUCCAUUGGUUGUCAUAGGUAUUAAAAAAUAAACAACUUUGUUUGGCAAAAAAACAAUAAAUGAUACCAAAAAUA